GAGAAAGUCCUGAGAAAGAUUCAUGUGUUGUAUAGAUUUUUAUUUCAACAAAACACACAUUUAAAAGACGGAGGGAGGACAUCACCUGUUGGCUAAUUUUCUCUCACAAAGUUGCGCCAAGACGUCAAGAGAAAUUAUAAAACAUUUUUCAUCCUUAAACACGGAAUAAACAGAGCUGGAGAUAAUGAGAGGCUUUUGUAAAGUUGGUCAUCUGCUUGCAGUGCUGCUGGCUGCUGCUGUGGCCGCAGCUGUGGAUCCUUCCCACAACCUGGCCAGUGAGAGAAGUUCGAUCGAAAGCACAUAUGAGCUGACCAAAUACCUGGAGUACCAGCUCAAGGAAAUUAAAGAUGUAUAUCUGUCGUAUCUGGGCCCGCCGUUCAAUGAGAAAGACUUCUCCCCUCCUCGGCCCAACAGUACAGCUUUGACUCUGCCAAGUGCCGCCACCCGACUGGAGCUGUGGCACGGCUUGGAGAACCAAGCCCGCCUCGCACAGAACCAGAGGGCCUACUCUAUUCUGCUGGCUGCUGUCAGGGAGCUGGCCCGCUCCACACUCUGCCCCUCUCUUAAAACAUCUCUGCUGCACUUUUGCACCGGUCUGGAUGGACUGCUGGGCUCCAUUUCUGCGCUCAUGAACUCCCUCGGUUAUUCAUCUCCCUCUCAAGCUGCAGCUGGUGAGCUGCAGUACUUGCAGAGGGGCACAAGGGUCAACCGACCAGCUCCGCUCAUGAGCCAGACCCUGUACAGAUCCAGAGCUGGGUCAAGAACAGAGCCCAGUCAGCAUGGCAGCCAGAGAAGGAGUCGGAUAAAGAUGAUCAGAGGAGAGAGGGAGGACGGCGACAUGAUGGAUAGAAGAAGAGGGAGAGCAGGAAAGAGAGCCGAGGCAACCACCCCUGGAGGGCGGAGUGGUGUACUGAGGGAGAAGGGAAGAGGAGAAAGAGUAAGAAGAGAGGAGAGGGAACAGCAAGUAGACACAAUAGAGGAGGAGGUGCAUGAGCUAAAAGGAAAGAUGGAAAGCUGGGGGAGAAGGAGACGGUUGUUGAGUAUAGAAGAGAAUGAAGAUGAGAAGGACAGGGAGCCUAAAAUCAGAGUUGAAGUCUCAUAUCUGGGCACAGGAGAAACCACAAACCAUCAACAAAUAAACAACAAUCCGUACAGCUUCAGUCUGAAUUCAGAUCACAGAGACUCCCUCAGAGAAGAUGGAUUUAUUUUUGAAACAAACAGGGGAUUAGUUUUGAAGGAGGAAAAGCAUGCAGAUAUAGAUUCAGCCUCCUCUUCCUCCUUCCACCAGCUCCACCGGCGUUCUCGCUCUCUUCUCUACCCCACCCUCCAACCUCCCCUCUCUACUCUCUCCUUUUUGUAUCAGUUUGGAGUGGAUGAGGAGCACACCCUUCUCCCUCAGCCCGUCCCGCUCUCUUUACAGAGGGGCACUUCCAUUCUCUCCCCUCCGCUGAGUCCGCUGCUCUCCUCUUCCUCCUCCUCCACGUCCUCAUCGCUCUUGCCAGCGAGGCCAACAAUGAAUGAUUUCGCUAGGAAGGUGGAGGGUUUCUGGAUCCUGCGAGAGUUGCAGAGCUGGUUGUGGAGAUCGGCCAAGGACUUUAACCGUCUCAAGAAGAGACUCCGAGGCUGAGAC